AGUAAAUAUUUUACAACAAUAUUUUAUUGACGAAAAACAACUAGCGUGGCCACGUAUUAUGUUCAGGCAUUUUCUUGGAAGCCUACGCGACUCCCAUCAAGCUGUUUAAGGACCCCAGGAUGUCCAUGCUCGCCGAACCCCGGAGGAAACAGAAGUGGUCUGUUGACCCCAGGAACAGCGCCUGGAGCAACGAUGACUCGAAAUUCGGCCAGAAGAUGCUGGAGCGAAUGGGCUGGUCCAAGGGCAAGGGCCUGGGGAGAAGUGAGCAAGGCUCCACUGACCAUAUCAAAGUAAAAGUGAAGAACAACAACUAUGGUCUUGGGACCUCCGCCAGCUAUGAGGAUAACUGGAUCGCCCACCAAGAUGAUUUCAAUGAGCUUCUUGCUCAACUGAACAGCUGCCAUGCUCAAAACAGCGGCACUGAUUCUCCACCACCGGAGGAGCGGAAAGGAUUCAGCUUGGAGGAGAAAUCUAAGACCACCAAAAAGAGGGUGCACUACAUGAAGUUCACUAAAGGAAAGGAUCUGUCCUCUCGCAGUGAAACAGACCUCAACUGUAUCUUUGGGAAGAGGGGAAGAUCUGCCAAUGACCAAGAGCAGGAGAGCAACAGCAGCGAUUCUCAGGGGGAGAAAGAGGAGAGUUUUACUCCUGCUGCCUUUGAGCUGGACACAGAGUCCAUCACCAAAACAGUUAAGAGCACUCUCACGAUGCAGGAGUACUUUGCACAGCGGAUGGCUCAGCUGAAGAAGGAUCGCGGGCAGGCCCAGAGUGCAGCACCCUCAGAGGAGACCAGUGAGACAUCAGGUCCGUCUGAGCAGCCCAGUCCCAUCGUCAUCAACAACGACGAUGACGACGACUCAGAAGAGCCCAAAAAGAAAAAGAAGAAGAAGAAGAAGAAGAGCAAAAAGUCAGAGGAUGAUCUAGAAGUGGUCGAGGAGAACAGCACCCCUGCUCCUAUUGUAAUAGUGGAAGACGAGGACCAACCACAGGAGCGCCCAGAGAAAAAGAAGAAGAAGAGGAAAAUGGUAGAAAGCGAGGGGGCUGCAAGUGAGGACUGUAGCUCCACCUCUGGUGUGGAGCAGAACUGCGAGGAGCUGCCUCCGUCCAAGAAGAAGAAGAAGAAGAAGAGUAAAAAACACGAUGAGGAAACUGAGCUAGUAAACGGACACGAGCCAACUGAGGAUCAGACUGUAGAAUCUGAGGUUGUUCAGAAAAAGAGGAAGAAGCACCGAGAGGAGGUUGUCGAGGAGGUGGUGGAGAAGAAAUCCAAAAAGGACAAGAAAAAGAAAAAGAAACAUCAAGAAUAGAGUGGAAUUAAUAGAAUUGGACUCCAUUUUGACCAGUCUUGUAGUCUUCUGGGGGAUUCAUGUUGUCCUGUUGUCAUAAACACCAUCACGAGGGCACGUGUAGAGUAACUGCUUUCAUGUCAGAUGUUCUUGUACAGAUACAGUCUGUUAACCUGUUAAUGACGAACAUGAACCACUAACUUGUACUGUCGAACUUUGUUGAAGCAGUUGGUAAAAUACCUCAAGUUAAGAGACAGACAUUUUAGGAAAUACCCAUUAGAUUUAUUUAAACAUGGAGUUAAAGUGGAAAUAGAUUACUUUUUUUGCUCUAACUUAUCACUAUGAAUUAGAUAUUGGUUGCACAAUGUAAUGAUAUUAAUAACACCAUCGCUGUUUAGAUUGAGUCCCUAUAAGCCUCGAUUUCACUAUGAAAUUCUGUCUACCACCAGGUACUGUAUCCCCAGAAUGAAGGCUCCAUUUACGGAUAACGAUAACAAAAAUACAACGUCCACACAGUUAUGUCCAUGCAGUUAGCAGCCUGCUAUUUUCUCUGCAGCAUCUGAACAUUGCAGUUCAGCUACGUCUCGGUGAGAAGCAGGAUGCAGCAGUUCUUUGUGCCUCAAAUGCAGCUGGGAGAAGUUUUCGUAGAUGGCUUUUGACCAGAAAUGGAUUUCUUGACUAAGGUUAAGAAAAUGGUUUGGGCUUUCCGGGUGAAAGCCGACAAGGAAAACUUCUUCCAUGUGCAACUGCGAUGUUAGCCUCAGUUUUGGCUCGUCCAUCUUUUGGAACGGGAUUGUACAUUUGCGAGGAGAAUGGUCAGGAGUGGUAGUUUGUGCAGUCUAGCCUUUGUCUAAGCAAAGAAGAAGCAAAUAACAAUGAUUCCCAAAAUGUCAAACUGUUUCUUUAAUCUAUAAGGUACAGCUGUUUCUCUAUAUGUGACUGUCCCCACGAUUUAUAAAAUUUAUCAAUUCGGACAUCAUGAGUUGACAAUUUUUUAUAAAAAGGAGUUUUACAUCAAAUUUCAAAAAUGAUUAGAGACUGCUGGCGUGUCUUAUUGAAUCUUCCUUCAACCAUCUUUGUUAAAUCCUUCAGAUGAUGAGUAUCUCCUUCAGUAAUUAUAUUUAAACUUGUACAAACUACUUCGAUGUUAUGUGACUGAAAAAUAUGAACUGAUGCAGUUUGAUGUUUUGCUUGAAAUCUGUAAAACAUCAGUCUGACACAUCCAUGAGCUGGAAGAAAACACAUGGUGCUUUCACAGGAUGAAAUCAUUUUUUAAAUAAAUCCGAAUAGCCAUG